AUGAAAGGGGUCAAAUUAGAUGUUAUUAAAAUAUAAGGAUAAAGAAGUUCUUUUUUUAAUUUGAAUUAAAGAGCAAUGGAGAAUAAUAAAAAGUGCUGCUGGCUAAAUUGUGAUGCUAAAUUAUAUACAGAAGGGAAAAGUAGAAGUAGAUCAAAAUGUAAACCUGAAAAUAGUUAAAUGGAUAAAAACAGGGAAUUCUAAGUUAGUUUAAGAAUAAACAUUACUUGGGUAACAAAUUCUAUAAUAAAAUAAAUCUAUAUACUCAUGUUUAAAAAGCGUAAACCUUUAACCUUCUUGGUUCUCAUGAGAACUAAUGGAGGAUCUGAAAGAAUAAGAUGUUAAAUUUACACUUCCAAAAGAAGGAGGAAGAGCUUGCAUCUUCAAGUGUUUAAUUAAAAGAGAACUAGGUUAAUUUGCAGAGAAGAAGGAGACGGAGGAUGA